AUGGAUAACCUUCACUUGAGUGUCAUAGCUGUGAUCCUUUACUUUAAUCUCCCUGGAUCAGUGGGAAGCAAGUCCCAGUGGAUUCUUCGUGACACCCAUGACCGCUCAGCCUGCCGCUGGGAUGGGCAGCUCUCAGUCAAUUGUUCUUUUACCGGAAUAUCUGCUAUUCCAGAAGACUUACCACGAAGAGCAAUAACAGCUGAUUUUAGUUACAAUAAUAUUAAAACUUUUAAAUGCACUGAUGGAAGAAAUGAAGAGUGGAUGCUAAAACACCUGAAUCUCAGUAACAACCUGAUUUCCGAACUCUCCUUAGCUACUUUUAGAAAUUUACCUGUUUUAGAAACUCUAAACCUCAAUGGUAAUGCCAUCCACACCCUCAUGCUGGACACACAUGUCCCUGGGCACGGGUCUAGUAAGUGUGGAAAAGGCUGUUGUGUCCUGCCUGCUUUGAAAGUAUUGUCAGCUGAAAGAAAUAAUCUUAACACAGUUCCAAGAGGACUAUGCCUGCUGCCAUCUCUACAAAGUGUCCAUUUGUCAUCCAAUGGCAUACGACAGAUUGGGCUGGGGGAUUUUCAAAACUGUUCACAGCUGAAGGACAUCGACUUGCAAAACAACGAGAUAACUAAAAUUCAUCCGGAUGCCUUCAGGGAUCUCCACAAAUUACAGGUCGUGGAUCUCCGUGAAAAUGCUCUGACAACCCCUCUACCACAGGUAUUAAUGAGUUUGAACUUCUUUCAACUUGAAGUGGAUUUGUCAAGUAACGCCUGGAUAUUUAACUGCAGACUAAAUGCUUUCAAACAUUUAUUGCGUUUUCUUUUUGACUCCACGAGGAAAAAAUGGAGGAUUUCAUACAAUAAAUCUGCCAACAACUCAGAGAAACCUCUGCUAUACCUUUCAAGUUCCCAUUUAAAGUGCAGUGACAGUGUUUUGCUCAAGCGGGCUGUAAUCCCAAUGGGGAAGACAUCUGUGCUAACCUGUGACCCGGACACCGCCAGGGGUAAUGGAGUCUCUUGGUGGACACCAAAAGGCAGAAUUUCAAAAGAUAACAAUCUUCCUCACGUGGCACUGGAUAAUAUGAAUAAUUUAGUAAUAUACAAUGCUGAGAAAACUGCUGAAGGGUUAUAUUUGUGUAUUCUUAACACAACAAAGAAGAAAUAUCUCAUGUACAAUCUAGAGGUGAAAGAAAGUGUUUCGACAUUUUUGCUUAGAAGAGCCCGGGACACUAACAGUGUUUUCAGAAAAGAAAGAACAGAGCAAGACCUUGCGUUGGCCGUCAGCCUCUCGGUGCUCAUUACGUUUGUCUGCGCUUUUUGUCUGGGUGCUUUUGCCAGGCCCUACCUUGUGAGCCUGUGGAGGCGCAUGCGCAGGAACAAAAAUUCAAGUUCAGAACAUACUUAUUCUAAUCAAGCUUUUUCAGAUGGAACCUUGAGCAGAGAGCACUCUGCGAGCCACCCAACAAACACGCAGACUCGUUUGUUCAUUUGUGAUGAGAAUUCUUCAAGAAAUACAUACGUCAGUCCUACAGAAACUUCUUUGUAUGAAAGUGUCACUGAUAGCGGUGUAUAUGCACCAAAUACUGAAGAGUACCAAAAACAAAGCGAUGAGAUCAAUGUGAAAAAAAGCCCUGUGUUUUCAGACAACAAAGCUAGUACCAGCAAUGAUGAAAAUGUAAACGUUGAUGAUAACGGACUGUUUUCUGCAAGGAUAGAUUACAAGAACAUCUAUGAAGUAACACCAAGAAAAUUAAUGAGUAAUGACAUUUCAUUGCAGGAAGAUGCAAAAUAUGCAAAUAACGAGGACUUGGAGAAGAGCAGGUUCCCUCCCAUAACCAGGAGACUGAACAGUGACUCAUACUCCAAUCACACCAACUCUUCGGAUUUAGGUUUAUCUUUCACAGGAGACACCAGCUGUGCGUUCCCCACCACACCAACACAGGCGGUUGCACAAGAGCCCAGCAGCAGCAAGGUGAGCACCAGCUCUGCUCUGCUGCAGUCUGAAGUUUCAGCAGGUGUAUUUGGCGACAGUUCUUCAGAUGAAGGGACUCCAUUCACAAUGAGUGACUGCAGCUCUUUAGCAGACUUUGAACUGGAAGAACCUGGUGUUAGCGACAACCUGCCAGCCUGUCAGUCGUUACUAGAUAGGGCUGACAUGAACAGUGGAACUGUGAAGUUCUCAACACUACCUGAGUCUCCAAACAUUGAUGCUGAACUUUGGCAUAUUGGGAAAACUGAAGACAAGAACAAUGCGUAUUUUGAAACCACUAUUAAUAACAGAUCAGAUACUGUCAUGCCUGAAGCAGCAUCACCUCAUGCUGAUACACGCAGUGACCACACAAGCAUGCCAGAUUCAGACACAAUUAGUUCUUCAAGUCAAGAAGUUCCUGAUACGUUUGAACAUUUCACCAACCCAGAGUCAACAGUACAAAACUCCAUUUCCGAUUCUCUCCACAAACAAAAUACAGACUUCAGUAAAACGUUACUUUCAUUAAAAAAUUUUCCCACAAGUGACACAGAUACAGAGAACUCUCCUGAAGCAGCUGAAUUGCAGCCGUAUCGGUUUCCCACUGAACCUCAGCAUUCCCUCAGAUUCAGCCCCACCGAACAACAAGAAAAUGCACCGGAGGGAAGUCCAGACGAGCACAGAGGUGGGAUCUCCUCUGAAAAGAAUCAUGGUGAAGCGGCCAUUACAUUAAGAAGGAACACGAGCACAUCUGAGGAGGAUGAUGAUUUUAUUUUUGCUCCCACUGAUACUGGUUUGAAUGAAAUUGUCAAAAAAACAUCACUACUGCGUUCCAGCAAUGAGUCACCUCUUCAAUCUCUGCCUGAACACACAACUGAAGAACAUUUCAUGGUUAUUACAACAGAGAAAGAAAACUUGUUACCACAGGGGACACAGGUGAAUACAACUAAGGCCUGUGCAGAUAAAAUGCAAAGAGGUUUAAAUGAGAAAGACCGCAAUGGAUGCACAGAAUUACAGGAUACCAGCGACUGCCCUCCACCCAAAGAAACGCAGGCUUGCAAUGCGAUGGCAGAUUUCCUGCACCUUCACUCUUCUGGGAAACCACAAUCAGUCUUCAACAGAGAAGAUUGUUUCCAGCUGGCUCAGAGUGACAAGAAUGCAUAUUCCUUCUCAGUCCCACAAGACUUCUUCAAUGACAGCACACGAUACGGUCCAUGUUCAUUCCCACAAAAGACUGCAGGAGAUCCAAUCUCCAAAAGCACCGAUUCCAGCGAGGCGGAGGAUGACGCUACUUUGACAGGACAGGAGAACAAUUCUACAACAGCUGUCAACCUCCAAAAUUCAAGAGAAAAGCUCAGUCAGAAAAGUCAGACCCAUUUAGGACAGGGACAGUUUUUUGUUAAGAAGAAGAGAGCAUUUGAUGGAUUUGCUAAUAUUUUGCAAAGCAGAACAACCUUCAAUAGUUGAGACACGAGAGUGUAAUACUGAACUCCCACAGUGUUUAUGUUAUACAGUAGCUCCAAAGAAACCAAUCAUGUCUUAAAAUGAAAUUUGUGACUUAUUAAUAACUGUUAAAUACCAUGGUUGGUUGGGGUUUGGGGUUUUGUUUGGUUUUGUGGGUUUUCAUUGUGUUUUUUAUUCUUUCCCCUCAGUACAACUAUCUAUCUGCCUUUAACUUCAGAAAUGCAAGUUGUGGAUUAGACUUAACAAUGAGAUGUGUAAUAUAAAGCCUGGAUGCAUCUAAUUUAGUAACACUGUAACUCCAAAGGGUAAUUCAGGCCAGAAGCCAUGGACUUGUGUUUAGAAGGGCACUUGUAAAAAAAAAAAAAACAAAAAUAGACUUUAUGGAAAACAACUCAUAGCUACUCAAAUGAGGAAACUACCCAGUAGUUGUAAUUAUUAAGCUUUUGCCAAGUUAUAAUAUUUUUUACUCUCUCACCAUUGUUGGUACUAAGAUAUUCAGUUCCUUUAGAAUUUGCCACUGAUAAGCACUGUUUUAUUUUUCUCUGUAUAAAAUACAUGUAACACUGAAACUAUUAUUACAUUAUUGCUAUUCUUCUGUUUUCCUAUGGGACUCACGCCAUACAGUGAAAUAAUACAUAUUACUGUCUUCUGCUUUUUGAACUAAAUUUGUGGAUUAAAAGUCUCUCAUUUCCAGUUUUGCAAAGACAGGUAAAAUCCAAAAAGUAUUCCAUUAUAGUAAAAAAUUACUCUUUAAUUUGGCAAGAGAGAGAGAGUAAUGCAACCCUUCCUUCCCAAAGAAUCUGAAUAGAAUUCAAACCUUGCAGAAGAGCCAUUUACAGAGAUCCAUCUACUGAUGGGAGAUGACCUGCAGUUUGCAGAUGUGAUGACAUGGGCAGAGUAAUUAAAAAAAGAGACAAUCUAUUAUUACUAAGCUAUAAUUCUCUACAAAAGAGGCUCCUAUAGCCACUUCAGAAUUCUACUGAGAGGGGACAAUCAAGAGCAGCUCAAAACUGCUGUAUUAGAAUAUCAGUAGCUUGAUAUAUGGUAACUUUUUCAAAGCAAACGGUAACAAACGUAAACCAAUUUUUUCUCUGAAUAUGGCCCAAGGCCCUUUUACCAUACAGAGAAUCAUUGAUAUAGUCCUUGAAGGGGAAUGUCGUCACGAAGGGGAACAGACCCAGGUUCCCUGGAAACGCAGGAGGUGGCCAGCAUCUCUGGGAAAACUGUGACCAAGACACAAUUCACUAAAAACUCCACACAGAAGGAACACAUUUCAGUUGCAGCAGAUGAGGAGCAAGUCCAGUGGCAUGGUACAUUUUUGAAACUGUAUUUAAAGAGAAAGCUAGGAAAGAACAAAGAGAUGCUGACAGAAGGCAAUCAUUUUUUUUAACUUCAGGUACUUGGACCUAAAAAACCCCCACGUAUUGCAAAUACUUAACAGGCAAGAAAGAGCAGCUAAACGAGACCAGUGCUGAUACUAUUUUAUCUCUUGAAAAAUGUUUCCUCUAGUGUCUUGAGUUCCUUUUCAAUAAUUGUUUUACACAUCUAGUGUCACAAUUAUCAGUUAAACAUUUACUGAGCCAAGUCACCUACUCUUUUAUCUCCUAUUGGAUUGUUUGUUGUUGGGGUUUUCUGUGGUGCAGUUUUUGGUGGGGUUUUGUUGUUUGUGGUUUGGUUUGUUUUUGUUAUUGUUUCUCACUGAUUGUUUCAAAAUCUGUAACAUAGCUCAGAAUAGCUUCUAUGGCAGUUUCAGGCAGGUGUUUCAUGAAUUGAUUGAGGUCACCACAGUAUUUGCGAAUAACUACUCAGUUACAUCUGCAGUUCAAUUACAAGCAAUCCAUCUGCUGUCAUCACACAGAUCUUCUUGUUUUCCAAGUAGUUCUUGAAAGAUUUCUGUUCUUUUUGCUCCAGUACUCAGUGAAUCUAAACCAAUAACUAAGAAGUAUUUUUAAGAGUGGGUACUGGCUUCAUUCUUUCAGCAAAAGUCCGCUCAAGAACCAAGGAUGAAAUAAUCUUCUGAAUAAAUUUAUAAUCUGUCAUCAAAUUA